AUGAGCAGUCUUCAUCAAAGGCGAAAUUAUUCAUACGGCAACGGUAAUCGUUACAGUGGUAACGGUAACAACAGUCGUCAAUAUGGUAACAACCUAAAGGACAACGAUUACUCCAACGGUGGAAAUCACAGUAAAUCCCCCCCACCGAACUACAGAAAUUUUGGCGAAAUUACGUUCCGAGUUUUUAAUAUUCGUCCGACUACCACCAUCACCGAGUUGCUAGGAUGCUUUAGCAUACACGGUAAUGUUCACAAAAUUCAAAUUGACACCAGGGAAACGCCAGAAGGUGAAAAAUCUACUGGACAGGCUACCGUAUCCUUCAGGCCCCCUCCACAAGAACCGUUCUGGCUUAGGGAGGUUCGUUUUCAUGGUCGACUUUUCAGGUUGGAAUAUGUCGGGAUAAGUAAAUUCGCGUGCAACUCAUUUUCGGCCCAGAGUCUCGAACUAGGAGUCUUCUUGAAUAAAGAUACCUUCGUGAGCGAACUCAAGUACACCGAGGAUGUAGAAUUCAUGAUAGAUUACAAGAGGCUUGACAUUCAAGUUAGAUUCUUAGUCCGCGAUGGAUCCAUCAGUCGCACCUUCAAACUCGAGAUACAGUUUAAGGACAUAGUUGAGAAUUUUAUUGAAUGGGACAAGGCGAAUCGUUCGCGCGCGUGCCUCACCAUCGCAAACAAGUAUCCGGCCAGGUAUUGGUCGUUGGACACCAGAAUGCUCCCUAGGAGCAAUUUUGCCUUUCGACUUAACGAUUCUUGGAAACGAAAAACCAACCUCCACAUCCGGUCGCCAGCCGACAAUAACUUUCCCCUACAAUUGAACAUGCCAGAUCUCAGCGAUCAAUUGGGGAAGAUGACCGUCUUUAGGCUUAGCUUCUAUCUCAAAGAUAAAUACGAGGCAGAAGAAUUCAAAAGUUUGAUUAAGCAGGCCGGGGAUUACAACCUUGUUCCAAAGUCCGACCAAAUAGACACGAACCCUCGUCUCCAAGUCAUCUCCGGGAAUACGAUGAGAAAACACGUGGAUAGAUCCAUGUUGGAUUUUGAUGUGCUCUACAUGACCGAAAGUAACUUGUCGCACUAUUACCUGCACGAUUACAAUCUCAGCGACGAAUUUUACGAUAUACUAUCUAAUCAACCGAAAUCUUUUGCACUCGAUUUUAUGGAGAGGAUUUCCGCCCGUAAGCAACGCGAGUACGAUCCUCUCACCUAUCUCAACGUCCGGAUUUGUAAGCAGAAAAGCGGCCCAAGAAAAAGCUACAAUGUGCCCCCCUUUUGUGUGAUGAUGAAAAAGGUGGUCAUCUCUCCGACAACCAUGUACAUACUUCCGCCGGCCAUGGAGACUUCUAACCGUGUCAUCCGUCAUUUCAAAAGUUAUAAGGAUAAUUUUUUGCGCGUUCAAUUUGUGGACGAAGCAUCAGGGACAGUCGGAUCGGCAGCAAACAAUUACGCCAUUUGUCACAGGAUUUAUAAUAUCCUCGUUAAUGGUAUUAAGAUAGGGGAUCGUCAUUAUGAAUUUUUGGCCUUCUCUUCCAGUCAACUGAGGGAUCACUCGUGCUGGUUUUUCGCCCCGAAAUCGGGCUUAACAGCCGAUGACAUUCGCGCAUGGAUGGGCGAUUUCUCAAGUAAUAAAAACGUAGCAAAGUACGCCGCUCGGAUGGGUCAGUGCUUCUCCAGCACCCGUGCAAUCUUAACUUUGCAGGUCAACGAUAUCAAAGAAAUCCCUGACAUCAUAAGGAAUCGUUACAACUUUUCCGAUGGUACCGGUAAGAUUUCUCCGGCUCUUGCUCACGAGAUAGCAAAGACACUGGAGUUAAAGACCACACCGUGCGCCUUCCAAUUUCGGUUGGCGGGAUAUAAAGGGGUUCUUUGUCAAUCACGUUACCUGCGCGGCAGGGAAAUUCAAGUGCGACCAAGCCAGCAGAAAUUCAACUCGACCCACAACGUGCUUGAGAUCAUCAGGGGAUCAUGCAUGAUCACCGCGUAUCUGAAUCGACAGGCGAUCACCAUCUUAUCGGCACUGGGUGUUCCCGAUGAGGUCUUCAUUGAGAUGAAGGAUGCGCAAGUCCUAGAAUUAGAUAGAAUGCUCAAGAACGAAAAUACCGCCAUCCGAGUUCUACAACAAAACAUUGAUGAAUAUGGUAUGACGAGAACAAUGGCGGAACUUGUGAAGGCUGGAUUUCUGUAUCACAAGGAUCCCUACCUGGUGAAUCUCAUUUCCUUGUUUCGGAUCACGGUGUUAAGGGAUCUCAAGAAGAAAGCAAAAAUCAGAGUAUCCGACGGUGCCUUCUUGCUCGGUGUACUCGAUGAAACGGAAACCCUCGAGGGUGACCAGAUUUAUUGUUGCAAAUCGGAUCCCAACAAUCCUAACGUGAGGCACGUGAUCGAAGGCCCCUGCGUUGUGUUCCGUAAUCCGUGUUUUCACCCCGGAGAUGUUCGUGUUGUCACCGCCGUCAAUUGCAAGAAGUUGGAUCAUUUGGUCGAUGUGGUGGUCUUUCCUGCAUUGGGAUUUAGGGAUCUCCCGAGUCAACUUAGCGGCGGAGAUUUAGACGGAGAUGAUUUCACGUAA